AUGGCCAAAAUUAAACAGGACAUUCUUGCUGUUCAGAGUGCUGCUGAAGAAGAGUCUAGGAAGGAUGAAAAGGUAUCGCAGGUCAUAUGGAUGCUGCAGACAGGAACAUGGCCAAGCAAGCCUAAAGAACAAAUCAACAGCUGGAAGGCUCUGAGCCACGCACUGUCAGUGCAGAACGGAUGCCUGUAUUUUGACCACAGAAUGGUCGUGCCAGCCUCACUUCAAGAAGCAGUUUUGAAGCAACUGCAUGAAGGACAUCCAGGAAUGACAAGAAUGAAGAUGCUCGCCCAAGGAUAUGUGUACUGGACGAACAUCAACAGGGACAUCGAAGAAGCUGUACGCCACUGCCGCGACUGUCAAGAAGCUGCGGAGAUACAAAAGAAGACAGUUCUCAAUUCUUGGACCACUGAGAAGAAACCGUGA